AUGCGCAGUUGCUACAACGCCGCAGCAGCGAUAUCACUCCGCGCCGCCUCAUCCAACCACAGCGCCGCUUCCGGGAUCUGCCGCGCGCAUGCGCGGUUUUAUCUGCACGUCCCCACCGCGCCCGCCCCGCCGCUGCUUCCCCGCAGCUUUGGUGCAGCCUGGUCCCGGUUCCGAGCCGCUUCCGCCGCUGUCCGGCCACAGCCGGCAGCCCCGUGCCCGGGCACGCCGCUUCCGCCGCCACCGGGUCCGUACACGGCAGCACAGCAAGCGAAAACUGCAGCGGCUUGCGUGUAUCCUUCCGCGUCUCCGCCGCUGCCGGAGCUUGCCGCCCCCCCGCCGCUGCUUUCCCGCAGUUUUGGUGCAGCCCGGUCCCGGUUCCGAGCCGCUUCCGCCGCUGUCCGGUCACAGCCGGCAUCCCCGUGCCCGGGCACGCCGCUUCCGCCGCCACCGGGUCCGUACACGGCAGCACAGCAAGCGAAAACUGCAGCGGCUUGCGUGUAUCCUUCCGCGUCUCUGCCGCUGCCGGAGCUUGAUGCGGCACGGCCGCAUCACCGAGAGAUCCCUCCGCAGUAG